UCGGAUGCUCUUGGUCAGCUGUUUAUCACUGUCUUAAUAAUCCCAAAUCGAUCAGUUGCUCCUUAAUCAAUCAACCGCCAUUAUUAAAUACCCGAUAGAGUAUUAUUAGACACGACGUGUUCAUCCUGUGCUUUACAAAACGCCAGAAUGGAUCUCCUGUCCAGCGCCCAAUGCAAGCAUCUGGUUUCUCCAGACUAUAUAAACUUCAUCCUAUCAAUCUUGAUCUUAUUCGGUAUACUGUUAUCCUACCUUCCUCAGCAUUACCGAAUCAUCUCCCUAAAGAGCUCCUACGGCAUCUCACCGUAUUUUGUCCUAUUGGGAACAGUCUCUGGUUCGUCAUCUUUAGCAAACGUGCUAUCCCAACAACAAAGUCUGCAGGAUGUUUCCUGUUGUAGUGAAGUCAACGGCCUGGCUUGUUUCGCAGGAUUACUAGGCAUCCUCCAGAUUGGAACACAGUGUCUCUGCUUCUUUGUCAUCCUAUUCUUAUACAUCCUCUAUUUCCCUCGAGAUGUACAGUCGUCAUCGCCAACCUCCAAACCAAGACCGCAAGGCCCGACCUACCGGACCGCCUUAAUCGUAGGCGCCAUCUGUAUUCUACACAUCUCCGUAAUGCUUAUUGCCACUAUCACCAUUGGACUCAAACGACCCGCCUCUCUGCAGUCCUGGUCCAACUUCUGCGGUAUCUUGGCCGCGAUCCUUUCCUCGAUUCAAUACUUCCCUCAGAUUUACACCACUGUCAAACUGCGUUGUGUCGGUAGUCUGAGCAUCCCCAUGAUGUGUAUACAGACACCAGGUGGCUUUGUUUGGGCUGCCAGUCUUGCGGCUAGAUUAGGCCCAAAAGGAUGGAGUACAUGGGGUGUUUUGCUUAUCACUGCGACUUUACAGGGUCUGCUACUCGUACUGAGCGUUUUCUUCGAGUACCUGGGGCCGAAUAAGGGACACAGUCAUGGGGAGGACGGCCCAGUGGAGAAUGAUGUGCGCGAUGAGCAAGAGUCGCGUCCCUCCGAAGAGACCCCCCUUCUUCAGAACCAAUGAUCGGCUCCAGUAUGACAGUGAUUGGACAACUUUCAUACGAUUG